CUUCGCCAUUCUUACAGAAGCUGUUUUGUAGUAUGUCUCUGUUGGUUCAUCGUGUUUGAUUCUUUACUCUUUUAUGGUGACAGCGUUUUUAUAGAAGUUCUCGUCUUCUUUAUAGCGUAUUUCGAUUUCAUUUCGACGAACUCGAAGAUCUCCUCGAGAAGAAUGGCAAACGCAGAAGGACCGCGCCGUGCUUUUUUGUCAGACGACGUUUUUCCACCUCCUGCCUUCUCCGAGCAUGCAGCGCUGGAGCGCUGGGCGACCAAGUGCGCUAUGGCGUUCUCAAACGUUACAUUCUCAACUGUUAAAUGAGUUUGUGAUGCAAGAAUGGCAACAGUGAAAGUGGCAAGAUUGCAGCUUUCGCAUCACAGAUUUCCCACAGAUUAUCCUGCUGUUUAGCCCUUUGAAAAUGUGUCAUGCUAAGCACCUUGACCAAGUGGAGGCUGAUGCCAAUUUUGCAUCACAAACAAGGUCAUGGCGCGGGGACAGAGUCCCCGCGCUGCGACCUUGCAGCGAAGAAGAGCCACCCGCGGUGGCUUUUCUUGCCCGUGAUGCGGCAGGAUUUUUAUUUUUUUUGCGACAGAACGGGAUGGCCCUGCCGCCCGUGGAGCCGGCGCCCCCCCUGGAAAAGUGCGCCCUUUUCUGCCCCCCUCGGCGGGGCGCCCCCCCCCCCAAAGGACUCCCCACGGCCAACCGAGGGCGCGGCCUUCCUGGGGGCUGUUCUCCCGAACCAAGGCGCGCGGACCUGUUCCUGCGCCCCUGGGCGGGGCGCCCCCCCCAUAGGACUAUUGCCGACCAACCGAGGGCGCGGACUUCCUGGAGGCUGUCCUCCCGAACCAGGGCGCGCGGACCGACCUGUUUCUGCCUGCGCCCCUGGGCAGGGCGCCCCCCCCAAAGGACUACCCACGACCAACCGAGGGCGCGGACUUCCUGGAGGCUGUUCGCCCGAACCAGGGCGCGCGGACCUGUUUCUGCGCCCCUGGGCGGGGCGCCCCCCCCAAAGGACUAGUCACGACCAAGGGAGGACGCGCCCUUCCUUGCCCCUGUUCUCCCAAACCCGGGCGCGCGGACCUGUUUCUGCGCCCCUUGGCGGGGCGCCCCCCCCUCAAAGGACUACCCACGACCAAGGGAGGACGCGGCCUUCCUGGGGGCUGUUCUCCCGAACCAGGGCGCGCGGACCUGUUUCUGCGCCCCUGGGCGGGGCGCCCCCCCAAAGGACUACCCAAGACCAACCGAGGGCGUGGCCUUCCUUGCGCCUGUUCCGCCGAACCAGGGCGCGCGGACCUGUUUCUGCGCCCCUGGGCGGGGCGCCCCCCCCAAAGGACUAGUCACGACAAAGGGAGGACGCGUCCUUCCUUGCCCCUGUUCUCCCAAACCCGGGCGCGCGCACCUGUUUCUGUGCCCCUUGGCCUUGGCCGCACGGUGUCCGGGAACGAAGCGCUCGCAGCUGGGGCUGGCCCCUGGGUCAUGGCGCGGGGACAUAGUCUCCGCGCCAUGACCCAGGGGCUUUCGAUCGCCCCUUGGCCGCACGGUCUCGCGUGACAGACUGGGCUUCGGGUCCAAACCCCACAUGACAAAGUCCGAAAGCUUGGCCGGGGUGUGUCCGAAAGUCUGUCCGGGGUGUGUCCGAAAGUCUGCCCGGGGUGUGUCCGAAAGUCUGCCCGGGGUGUGCCUGGGGUGUGUCUGGGGUAUGUUCGGACUUUUUGCCUGGGGUGUGUUCGGGGGUCUGUCUGGGGUAUGUCUGGGGUGUGUCUGGGGUGUGUCCGGGGUAUGUUUAUACCCCGCCUUCUGCUUUUUCGCCAAAAAUUUGUAUUCAGGUCGGGAUUGAAUUCCAUUUGCAUACCCCUGACACACCCCCGAACAUACCCCCGAACAUACCCCUCGCAUGCAUUUUUGACCAGCUGCUGCAGUUUAGAUAGUAAUUUAUGUAACAGUUGAGAAUGUAACAUUUGAGAACGCCAUAUGCGCCCCCGGGUACUUGGAGCAAUUGUUGGC